AACAGCUUGUCGCGUCGCCAAUGGAGUAAUUUAUAGCAACCUUUGAGCCUAUCACGACACUCAUUUACUGUUUCACGUUAUUGACUCAGUCCAAAUGUACUUUCAUCAUGGGCGCACGUAGUUUGAAAGUGUUACAAGUGAUUUCUGGGUGGCAAGCCGUAGAAUUGAUUCUAACUUGUGUGUUUGUCGGCAUUUGGCAAAUUAUCGAACUUUCCGUCAAGAGAUUGUGGAAAGGUUAUCGAAGAAAAGUGGAUGAUAAUCAGCCAGUAGAACUGACCGUGGAUUCGUCUAUCGGAACGCAUUGCUAUAUUAAAGUUAUGGGAGUCAAAUACCACUACGUCGAGACAGGGCCGAGAAGUGGCCAAAAAGUGCUGAUCCUCAAAGAUGCGCCCGAUACUGGCAAUCUUUGGGGACCGAACUGGGCCAAUGUUGUCAGAAGGCUGGCAGAAACAAACCACCACGUGGUCACCCUGGAUUUGAGAGGCACUGGUGGGAGUGAGGGGGGUUCGAGGAGUGAUCUGUCUCCUCCAAGAGCGGUUGAAGAGUUAUCAGCAUUGUUGAAGGCUCUUGGAGUGUCGGAGAACAGGCAGGCAGUGGUGAUCGGAUUCGGUAUCGGAGGAAUGCUUACUUGGUAUCUAGUUCACACUAGAGGAUCUUUGAUCAGCAAAUUCGCCGUGAUAAACGCCCCUCAUCCGAAUCUCUACUGGCAGUAUCCACCAGCCACUUUUUGCCAUCGAGCUCUGCAGUUUAUACAGUGGCCGCACUUCCCGGAGCGAUGGUUGGCAGAAGGCGAGCUGAACGACCGCGAGGGUCGCUGGACCAGCUCCAGAGCCUGUGACUGGUCUGGCGCACUUAAUUAUGUUAGAGGUGCGGCCUGGUGGCAAGUGAAACCAGGUCUACGUACAUCAGCCCCAGCCCUACUAGUCGGCAACAAGGACAGUGCAGCGCAGCUGGUGGCCAGUGCACAGCACUGCACCUCGUCCACACUGCGCCUCGUCUCCAAACCUGAACCCAGCAGUAAGGAGGUCACUGAUGUGCUCUUGGAUUUUCUUAUAGAAAAAGAAAAGCUCAUAGAAGAGGUACCGAGAGGUUUAAUGGGUCGUGUGUUUGGUGCAGUCGCCGACAGAGGGCGCGAACUUACGGCUAGAUUAGUCUUGCCACCAACGCAAGCGUGAUAAUUUUUUGUGAAUAUUUAAUAUUAAAAUUAAUCUUAAAUAUAUAGAUAUAGUAAUUGUGCGUGAAUGUUUGUAAAAAGCUCUGAAGUGUCCAGAACCUAGAAGAGACCAGUGUCUUGAUAGCAUAUCGAAAACUGUGUGUGCUUGUGGCAAAAAAGGCUCCUUUGUAAAUUUUAGAGUACAUUUUCUGUACAGUUUAGUUAUUAACGUAAGCCAUUAUUAUUAAUUAACUUUGUAAUUGUAUAAUAAUCAUUUUAAAAUGAUGAAUGUGUUUAUUGAUAAUAUUGUAGGGUAGAUGUGUUAUUAUAAAUUUAUACAUAAUAGCUUUUUGGAUUGAACUCAGCACUAGCGCCAUCUAGGCAACGAAAAUCGAAAUUUUACUAAAACGCCUUACACGUAUACUAUUAUUAUUAAUUCCUGAGUCUGUAUCAUAGUAAUAAUCUUAUAAUUAUAGUUCCAAAGUUCACAACAACAAUCAUACGAUUAUAAAUCUCUGUGUUAUGAUAUUAAAGUCCACAUUAAUAUACUUUAAAAUUUAAUCGAUUAGAUAUACUUUGCUCUUAUUAAUCAAUGCACUUUGGAUCGUAGCAUGGAUUACUGUCGCCCUGUUUUAUUUAUAACUAUUUAUUCAUUACACACAUUUUAUUGUUAGCCAUAAAAUAUGGCUAUUUGAAAUUGAAUAUUUUUUGUUGAGUAAUUAAUGAGUAAAUAUUAUUAUGUG